GACUUGGCCGGAGCCCGCCUAUCGUUACAUGUGUCGAAAAUCAGCUCUGUUUCUAUCGGAGAGGCCUCUUCUCGAAAGUUUGCGCCAUGGACCAGUGAUGGUUAUAAAGACUGGUCGUGAACAUCAAACGAAUAGCAUCGAGCAACUCACAUUCGCUUUACAUUCACUCGUUUACAAACGCUCUUUCAGCCUUCGUUAGAAUGAUCGCCCCUACCGUUCUCGCUGCUCUUCUGGCAGCUGUCCCUUCAGUCCUCGCCCAGGCAGUUCCGGACAUCCCAGAUGUGACUUCUUCCUUCACCCGCUGCACCACUCGCUUUGGCUAUCAACCUCUCCCAACUGGCACGGCCGGCGUGCCAACCUGGUACGCAUACACGACGACCACCCAUGUCGCCGUUCUCACGUACACCACUCGUGAUACGGUCACCUCGACCCCUGAUGCGACGACCUUCACCAAUGUCGCGACCACUACUCAGGUCGUGACCAGCAUCACAACGUCGACCCCGCCCGCAACCACCAUCCCGACUCCUGCAGGCUUCCUUCCUCUCGUGUUGUUCUCCAUGCCAGAACCCACCGCCGUCUCUCGCGUCAAGCGUCUCCAGUUGGUCGACGAUGUUGCUAAGCGACAGACUCCAGCGGGCUACACCGGUGGUUACAUCAUCAACCCAGACGGCACAACAUCCAGCCUCAACCGCGUGUAUCCUCACCGUGUUCUCUGUCAGGUUCGCGUUACCGUCAACACCACGGAUAUCAUCGUGGAGACUGCCGCUCCAACCACUAUUGUCCUUCCAGUCUCCACUGAUCUCGUCCAGUCCACCAGCACAGUCAUCACCACGACUACGAUCACCGAGGUCGUGGCUACGCCCUCUGUCUAUGCUGCCUGUGCCGCAAACAACGUUGUGGACCACAUAACCGACCGCGACGGCAACAGGAUGAACUUCGACCGCAUCGCCUUCCGCCCAGCCCAGGGAUUCCCCAUCGAGAACGAGCUCGUCACCAACACGGUCAAUGCCGUGAACUGCUGCAUCGCCUGCCAGAACUCCCCCAACUGCGCUGGAUCCUUCUUCGUCCCCUCGCGCCAGGAGUGCCACCUCCGCUUCACCGUCGCCCCUGUCUUGAACGCCACCUCCCCCUUGAUCCCAGGCGGCAACGUCACCCUCGGCAAUGUCGUCGGCCCUACCGGCACCGCCAUUCUGCCAACUGGCACCUCCCUCACGGUGCAGACCCAAGUCCCCGCCAGCUGCGCCAAGGGCAGCGACACCCUCUACUUGGGUACCAUCCGCGGCAAAAGCGAGCGGGACUUCCCCAGGAGGUUUGCCCUCGCCUUCUCCAACGGCCCCUGCGGCCGCAUGUCGGUCAGCCCCAUCCGCGUCCGACAGUAAGCAUGUACAUGUCUGGAGAAAGAAAACAAGCUAUCGUGAAGAUUGUAAAACAGCGCGCGCGCGAGGGGGUUGGAUUAGCUCGGUUUGUAUUUGCAGAUAUUUCGGAGUCGUGAUCAUUCCUUCUUUUUUUCCCCUUUUUUUUUCAACAAUGCCGACG